AUGUCGAACACGACUACAUUGACAGUGGCCCUCCUCGGUUGUGGCAACCUCGGAACUGCACUUGCCGCGGGAAUCCUCAACCCGAUCGACAGGGGCGGCGUCAACGUCAAGCGCCUGAUAGUCACUGUUGGUACCGAGGCUUCUAAGCGCCGCGCGCAAGAUGCGCUAUCUGAGCACUCGUCGCGACUCACGGUAUUGCUUGCCCAAGACAAUGUCAGCGCUAUCCAAGAAGCAGACAUGGUCUUGCUAGCCUUCAAGCCUGUCAAGAGAGAAGAAGUCUUUGGAGCUCCUGGGUUCAAGGAAGCUCUGCGGGGCAAGCUGGUCAUUAGUAUUAUGGCUGGCAUCUCCAUCAAGGAGCUAAACCGGCUGGCUCUUGAGGGUCAAGAUGCCCUGAAGGAUCCAAGCCCUCUACAAGCUGUACGAGCGAUGCCCAACAUGGCCGCCAAGAUCCGCGAGGCUGUGACUCUAUACACAGCCGACUUGGAGACACUGUCUAAGAGAAACGAGGAAAUUGCAUCUUGGAUUUUUAAACAGGUUGGCGAGGCACAGCUUAUAUCUGAGAGCACUUUUGAUAUCUCUGCUGUACUGGUCGGCUGUGCAGGUUCACUCCUAUUGCUGGCUGUCGAUGGCCUUUUGGAUGCUGCUGUUGCCGAAGGGGUUAAGCGGCCAGAAGCCACGAAGAUGGUCGUCAACAGCGCGAUUGGAAUGAUGAAGUUGGUCCCGGCUGGGGAUCACCCCAGCGUGCUGCGGGAGAAGAUUGCCUCUCCCGGAGGGUGUUCGAUUAGGGCGCUACUGGAGCUGGAAAAAUUGGGGGUAAGGUCGGCGUUCACAAGUGCAAUUUUGGCUGCAGCUGAGCGAUCCAAGGGGAUGUCUAAGAAGUAG